CCUCCGCGCCCGCAGGAAGAAGCAGCCAUGGCUCUGGACGGGAUCAGGAUGCCAGAUGGCUGCUAUGCGGACGGGACGUGGGAACUGAGCGUGCAUGUGACGGACCUGAGCCGCGAUGUCACCCUGAGAGUCACGGGGGAGGUGCACAUCGGAGGGGUGAUGCUCAAGCUGGUGGAAAAGCUCGAUGUUAAAAAAGAUUGGUCUGAUCACGCUCUCUGGUGGGAAAAGAAGAGAACUUGGCUUCUUAAAACACAUUGGACCUUGGAUAAGUAUGGUAUCCAAGCAGAUGCCAAGCUUCAGUUCACCCCUCAGCACAAACUGCUUCGUUUACAACUUCCCAACAUGAAGUAUGUCAAAGUGAAAGUGAAUUUCUCUGAUCGAGUCUUCAAAGCUGUUUCUGACAUCUGUAAGACAUUUAAUAUCAGACAUCCAGAAGAGCUCUCUCUCUUGAAAAAACCCAGAGAUCCAACAAAGAAAAAAAAGAAAAAGCUCGAUGACCAGUCUGAAGAUGAGGCACUUGAAUUAGAGGGCCCCCUUAUCACUCCUGGAUCAGGCACUGAUGUUCUUUACAUUGGCCCUCUGAAAGGAAGUAUCUAUUCAAGCCCAGGACUCUAUAGUAAAACAAUGACCCCCACUUACGAUGCUCACGAUGGAAGCCCCUUGUCACCAACUUCUGCUUGGUUUGGUGACAGCGCUUUGUCCGAAGGCAAUCCUGGUAUACUUGCUGUCAGUCAGCCAAUCACAUCGCCAGAAAUCUUGGCCAAGAUGUUCAAGCCUCAAGCUCUUCUUGAUAAAGCAAAAAUCAACCAAGGGUGGCUUGAUUCGUCAAGAUCUCUCAUGGAACAAGAUGUGAAGGAAAAUGAGGCCUUGCUGCUCCGGUUCAAGUAUUACAGCUUUUUUGAUUUGAAUCCAAAGUAUGAUGCAAUCAGAAUCAAUCAGCUUUAUGAGCAAGGUAAAUGGGCUAUUCUCCUAGAAGAGAUUGAAUGCACGGAAGAAGAAAUGAUGAUGUUUGCAGCUUUGCAGUAUCAUAUCAAUAAGCUGUCGGCCAUGACGUCAGAGAACCACUUGAACCACAGUGACAAAGAAGUUGAUGAAGUUGACGCCGCCCUUUCCGACCUGGAGAUCACUUUGGAAGGGGGGAAAACAUCAACAAUUCUGGGUGACAUCACUUCCAUUCCUGAACUUGCUGACUACAUUAAAGUUUUCAAGCCCAAAAAGCUGACCCUGAAAGGUUACAAGCAGUACUGGUGUACUUUUAAAGACACUUCUAUUUCUUGUUAUAAGAGCAAGGAAGAAUCCGGUAGCACACCAGCUCAUCAAAUGAACCUAAGAGGAUGUGAAGUGACCCCAGAUGUAAACAUUUCAGGCCAAAAAUUUAACAUCAAACUCCUGAUUCCAGUUGCAGAGGGCAUGAAUGAAAUCUGGCUUCGCUGUGACAAUGAGCAGCAGUACGCGCACUGGAUGGCAGCUUGCAGGCUAGCUUCCAAAGGCAAGACCAUGGCGGACAGCUCUUACAACUUGGAAGUUCAAAACAUCCUUUCCUUCCUGAAGAUGCAGCAUUUAAACCCAGACCCGCAGUUAAUACCAGAGCAGAUCACAACUGAUAUAAACCCAGAAUGCCUUGUGUCUCCUCGCUAUCUAAAGAAAUACAAGAACAAGCAGCCAGGCUAUAUAAGAGAUUUGAUAACAGCAAGAAUCUUGGAAGCCCAUCAGAAUGUAGCUCAAAUGAGUUUAAUUGAAGCCAAGAUGAGAUUUAUUCAAGCUUGGCAGUCUCUUCCGGAAUUUGGCAUCACGCACUUCAUUGCAAGGUUUCAAGGGGGCAAAAAAGAAGAGCUUAUUGGAAUUGCUUACAACCGACUGAUAAGGAUGGAUGCCAGCACAGGAGAUGCAAUUAAAACUUGGCGGUUCAGCAACAUGAAACAAUGGAAUGUCAACUGGGAGAUAAAAAUGGUCACCGUAGAGUUUGCAGAUGAAGUACGAUUGUCCUUCAUUUGUACGGAAGUAGAUUGCAAAGUGGUUCAUGAAUUCAUUGGUGGCUACAUAUUUCUUUCAACACGUGCAAAGGACCAGAAUGAGAGUUUAGAUGAAGAAAUGUUCUACAAACUUACCAGUGGAUGGGUGUGAAUAGGAAAUACUGUGUAACAAGACUCCGUGGCCAUAUUUAACUGUAAAAGCUGUUAUGUGCUGCUUAAUAAAGUAAGCUUGACAUUUAUCAUUUUAUCAUGGAAACAUUUCGCCUUUCCAAACCAGUUUAAUAUGUGCACUAAUGAGCACGACAAUUAAUCUGCAACCAUGUUACAGCUUAGGGACUGUUGAAUGUGGCACCCAUUCCUUAGGGCCAUGAAUUUGACAGCUGAAGUCGAGGGCAAACUAAAACUCAAGCCGUCUACUUGGAAGCUGUCCAGGGCUUUAACUAUUAGAAAGUCUAUCAUGUUUAAUGCAUAUGUUUUAAUGUAUGUUUAAUUUGACCUUAGGUUCUAAAAUAUCCUACUUCAGCUAGACCUUGAUACUCCCCCAGCCCCCAAAUCAGGCCUGGAAGAGAUGCCUGGUAUUUAAUAAUGUCACCACUGUCUGACCUUGAAGGAAAAAUGCUGUUAGUCUAUUAUGCUUGGUUUGUUUGUGUCCUUCAGUAAGCAUGUAGUAUACUGUCUUGUGUUUUAUUUUUACACCAUAUUGUAUUACAAUACUUUAGUAUUCACCAGCAUAUUCACUCUGCCUAAAAUAUGCAACUUUUGCAUUACAAUAUGAAGUUAAAGGUCUAUGAAGUAUGCAUUUUGUGUAUCUAAUGUACAAACACAAAUUUUAUAAAAUUGUACAGUUUUUUUUUUAACUCAAAACUAGCAAAUGGCUUACUUAGAAAAUAGCAUCUUAGCAUUAAUUGCUUAUAAAGAUAUAAAUAGCAAUUUGGUAGUAAUUAUAUGCAAUUUUAAUAUCUGCUAAAUUAAGAAUGACUUCAUUAUAGUCAUGAUUUGCCACGUCUUUAACUCUAAUGCCUGGACUAGCCGUGUGCUAGUCUGUUAUGCUAUUGCAAUCUGCAUUGGUGCUAGUCAGAAAGUUCCUAGCUCACAUAGCCCCGAAGGGGUGCCAGAGAAGAGUGGAUUCCCAGGAUUGUCCAAUAAUCCCUGGUUUUAAGACUAUGUAAAAUGCAUUUUAUUUUAAAUAAAAGUAAAACCUUUUAUUUAUUA